GGCCUGCACUGCGGCGUUUCCCGCGCGGGUAACCUCGGUUCCCGGGCUUACGGCGCGGCCUCUCCUACCGCCGCUGGAGCCGCCGCCGACAUGGGUUUCCUGAAACUGAUUGAGAUCGAGAACUUUAAAUCGUACAAGGGUCGACAGAUUAUCGGACCAUUUCAGAGGUUCACCGCCAUCAUUGGACCCAAUGGCUCUGGUAAGUCAAAUCUCAUGGAUGCUAUCAGCUUUGUGCUGGGUGAAAAAACCAGCAACCUGAGGGUAAAGACCCUGCGGGACCUGAUCCAUGGAGCACCUGUGGGCAAACCAGCUGCCAACCGGGCCUUUGUCAGCAUGGUCUACUCUGAGGAGGGUGCUGAGGAUCGCACCUUUGCUCGUGUCAUUGUAGGAGGUUCUUCUGAAUACAAGAUCAACAACAAAGUGGUCCAGCUACAUGAGUACAGUGAGGAAUUAGAGAAAUUGGGCAUUCUCAUCAAAGCUCGUAACUUCCUCGUCUUUCAGGGUGCUGUGGAGUCUAUUGCCAUGAAGAACCCCAAAGAGAGGACAGCUCUAUUUGAAGAGAUCAGUCGCUCUGGGGAGCUGGCCCAGGAGUAUGAUAAGCGAAAGAAGGAAAUGGUGAAGGCUGAAGAAGACACACAAUUUAAUUACCAUCGCAAGAAAAACAUUGCAGCUGAACGCAAGGAGGCCAAACAGGAAAAAGAAGAGGCGGACCGCUACCAGCGCCUGAAAGAUGAGGUGGUACGAGCCCAGGUACAGCUGCAACUCUUUAAGCUUUAUCAUAAUGAAGUAGAAAUCGAGAAACUCAACAAGGAACUGGCCUCAAAGAACAAAGAGAUUGAGAAAGACAAGAAGCGAAUGGACAAGGUAGAGGAUGAGCUGAAGGAGAAGAAGAAGGAGCUGGGCAAAAUGAUGCGGGAGCAGCAGCAGAUCGAGAAGGAGAUCAAGGAGAAGGACUCAGAGCUGAAUCAGAAGCGACCUCAGUACAUCAAAGCCAAGGAGAAUACCUCCCACAAAAUCAAGAAGCUGGAAGCAGCUAAGAAGUCUCUGCAGAAUGCUCAGAAGCACUAUAAAAAGCGUAAAGGUGACAUGGAUGAACUGGAGAAGGAGAUGCUGUCUGUGGAGAAGGCCCGACAGGAGUUUGAAGAACGGAUGGAAGAGGAGAGUCAGAGUCAGGGCAGAGACUUGACCCUGGAGGAGAAUCAGGUAAAGAAAUACCACCGGCUGAAAGAAGAAGCCAGCAAGAGAGCAGCCACUUUAGCCCAGGAGCUGGAGAAGUUCAAUAGAGACCAGAAAGCUGACCAGGACCGUUUGGAUCUGGAAGAGCGGAAGAAAGUAGAAACAGAGGCCAAGAUCAAGCAGAAGCUGCGGGAGAUUGAAGAGAAUCAGAAGCGGAUUGAGAAGCUGGAGGAAUACAUCACUACUAGCAAGCAAUCCCUAGAGGAGCAGAAGAAGCUAGAGGGAGAACUGACUGAGGAGGUGGAGAUGGCCAAGAGGCGAAUAGAUGAGAUCAAUAAGGAGCUGAACCAGGUGAUGGAGCAGUUGGGGGAUGCACGCAUAGACCGCCAGGAGAGCAGCCGUCAGCAGCGAAAGGCAGAGAUAAUGGAAAGCAUCAAGCGCCUUUACCCUGGCUCUGUGUAUGGCCGCCUCAUUGACCUCUGCCAGCCCACACAAAAGAAGUAUCAGAUUGCUGUGACCAAGGUUUUGGGCAAGAACAUGGAUGCCAUUAUUGUAGACUCAGAAAAGACAGGCCGGGAUUGUAUUCAGUAUAUCAAGGAGCAGCGUGGGGAGCCAGAGACCUUCUUGCCUCUUGACUACCUGGAGGUGAAACCUACAGAUGAAAAACUCCGGGAACUGAAAGGGGCCAAGCUAGUGAUUGAUGUGAUUCGCUAUGAGCCACCUCACAUCAAAAAAGCCCUGCAGUAUGCUUGUGGCAAUGCCCUUGUCUGUGACAAUGUAGAAGAUGCCCGCCGCAUUGCCUUUGGAGGCCAUCAGCGUCACAAGACAGUUGCACUGGAUGGGACCCUGUUCCAGAAGUCAGGAGUCAUCUCUGGUGGAGCCAGUGACCUGAAAGCAAAGGCACGGCGCUGGGAUGAGAAAGCAGUAGACAAGUUGAAAGAGAAGAAGGAGCGGUUGACAGAGGAGCUGAAAGAGCAAAUGAAGGCAAAGCGGAAAGAGGCAGAGCUGCGUCAGGUGCAGUCUCAGGCCCAUGGAUUGCAGAUGCGACUCAAGUACUCACAGAGCGACCUAGAACAGACCAAGACACGACAUCUGGCACUAAAUCUCCAGGAAAAGUCCAAGCUGGAGAGUGAGCUGGCCAACUUCGGGCCUCGAAUUAAUGAUAUCAAGAGGAUUAUUCAGAGCCGAGAGAGGGAAAUGAAAGACUUGAAAGAGAAGAUGAACCAGGUAGAGGAUGAGGUAUUUGAAGAAUUUUGUCGGGAGAUUGGUGUCCGCAACAUCCGAGAAUUUGAGGAAGAGAAGGUGAAGCGACAGAAUGAAAUUGCCAAGAAGCGUUUGGAGUUCGAAAAUCAGAAGACUCGCUUGGGCAUCCAGUUGGAUUUUGAAAAGAACCAACUGAAGGAAGACCAGGAUAAAGUACACAUGUGGGAACAGACAGUAAAAAAGGAUGAAAAUGAAAUAGAAAAACUGAAGAAGGAAGAGCAAAGACAUAUGAAGAUCAUAGAUGAGACCAUGGCCCAACUACAAGACCUGAAGAAUCAGCACCUGGCCAAGAAGUCAGAAGUGAAUGACAAGAAUCAUGAGAUGGAGGAAAUUCGGAAGAAACUUGGGGGUGCCAACAAGGAAAUGACUCAUUUACAGAAGGAGGUAACAGCCAUUGAGACCAAACUUGAACAGAAGCGCAGUGAUCGCCACAAUUUGCUACAGGCCUGCAAGAUGCAAGACAUCAAGUUGCCGCUGUCAAAGGGCACUAUGGAUGAUAUUAGUCAGGAAGAGGGUAGCUCCCAAGGGGAGGAAUCAGUGAGUGGUUCCCAGAGAACUUCCAGUAUCUAUGCUCGAGAAGCCCUCAUUGAAAUCGACUACGGUGACCUGUGUGAGGAUCUGAAGGAUGCCCAGGCUGAGGAGGAAAUCAAGCAGGAAAUGAACACACUGCAGCAGAAACUGAAUGAGCAGCAGAGUGUGCUUCAGCGAAUUGCUGCCCCCAACAUGAAGGCCAUGGAAAAGCUGGAAAGUGUCCGAGACAAGUUCCAGGAGACCUCAGAUGAAUUUGAGGCAGCCCGAAAGCGAGCAAAGAAGGCCAAACAGGCUUUUGAACAGAUUAAGAAGGAGCGCUUUGACCGUUUCAAUGCUUGUUUUGAAUCUGUGGCUACUAACAUUGAUGAGAUCUACAAGGCUCUGUCUCGUAACAGCAGUGCCCAGGCAUUCUUGGGCCCUGAGAACCCUGAGGAGCCCUACUUGGAUGGUAUCAACUACAACUGUGUAGCUCCUGGCAAACGCUUCCGGCCUAUGGAUAACUUGUCAGGGGGGGAGAAGACAGUGGCAGCUCUGGCCCUGCUCUUUGCCAUCCACAGCUACAAGCCAGCCCCCUUCUUCGUCCUGGAUGAGAUCGAUGCUGCCUUGGAUAACACCAACAUUGGCAAGGUGGCAAAUUAUAUCAAGGAGCAGUCGACUUGCAACUUCCAGGCCAUCGUCAUCUCUCUCAAGGAGGAGUUCUACACCAAGGCUGAGAGCCUCAUUGGAGUCUAUCCUGAGCAAGGGGACUGUGUGAUCAGCAAAGUCCUGACCUUCGACCUCACCAAGUACCCAGAUGCCAACCCCAACCCCAAUGAGCAGUAGCAGUAGUUCUACCCUCCUGCCCUUUCUGGAUUCAUAAACUUCCCCUCUACCAAUCUGGAUAUUUGGCACCCAACCUUCCCCUCCCUCCUGGUCCUGUUUGGUGUAGUCAUGGGAUUUAGGCACUGCUAUCAAGCACGAAGAGGAACAGAGGUGAUGUUAGGUCUGGAGCAAAAAUUCCUGAGCUACAGGGAGCAUCCUGGCCUCUGGAAGGAGGUGCUAAGCUGAGCUGAACAGGGCCAUCUGUCCAUACCACCCCCUCCCAGACCACCCCACCCAUCACCCAUUAAUCAUGGGUCCCUUGGGUCCCUGGCCCACUGAGUGAGUGGGUAUGUAUGUGUGUUUAUGUAUGUUUGCUUGUGUGCAUGUGGGUGUGUUUGCAAAAUAAUAAAAGAUAUUGGAGACCUGUUUUAGAAAGAGCCUAGGCUGAAUUUGAUUCCAAGAGACCUUAGGAUGACAGCACCCCAGAGCUGGGCAAAGGUACUUGGUACCUCAUAGGAGUCUUAGGCAGUCACUGGAAACUGCCCUCAUUUACUUAUUCAUACGUUCAUAUAUUCAUCAGACACAUACUGAACACCCUCUAUUUGUCAGGCUCUAUGCUUAGAAUACUAAGUUUAAAUCUGACAUGAUCUCUGUCCUGGUAAGGAGAUGUAGUGGAUUCAUGAAUUACAGUGGUUAGCCAAUUUGAGAAGAGGAUGAUCACCUCUAGGUUUCCUGGAGAAGAUCAUGUUUGAGCUGGACCUUGACAAAUUGGUAGGAUUUGGUCAGGCACUAGAAGCAGAACAUGGGCUCUAGGGCAGACAGUUAGGGGUUCUGGUCCCGAGUCAUCACUUAAUAGUUGUUUGACCUUUCUGUGCCUCAGUUCCCUCAUCUGUAAAAUGGGGCUAAUAAUAUUACCUACCUCAUAGGAUUUAAUGAUGUCAAGCUCCUCACUGGAGGCAUUAUCCAUGUGGAGCCAACUAGGUGCCGACCCUUCAGAGUACAAGCCUUCUCAUGCCUGGACCCUUGAGGGCUUCUGAUCCUGGCUUUUAGGGACAGAAGGAACCUCCAAAUCUGGGAGGUGUUCUGGUUAAUGAGAAAGUUCCAGGGAGAUGACAGGGUUUACCUAGUAAGUGGAGGUCCUAAGAAAGCCUGUAGCUUCAACCAUGUAUAACUGGGUGCUUGGGCCCCAAUUUGGGUUGUGAGGAACUAGGAGGAGAGGUAGCCUGGGCCUAAUAUGUGAUGAUCCUGUUGGGACCUAACCUCAUUAGCUAUAAGGACAGGACUGUAGAGGCAGCAAAGCCUGGUGCAAUGAGUUCAGCUUUCUUCACUCAUUCACGUACAUUAUCAUACUUUUCUUAUCCUGAUCAUGUCUUGCUUUUUUGUUUUUUAAAAAUUAAAUCAACUGGGGGUGUAGUUUAGUGGUAGAGUACAUGCUUAGCAUGUGCAGGGCCCUGGGUUUAGGUCCCAGCUGCCCCCCCACCAGAGUUCUAACUACAAAAGUAAUGCAUGAAUCCAUUCUCUUAAAGAAAUUAGAUUGUUGCAGAUAAAAGUAGCCUCAUUCAACUAUAACUACUCCCUUUCCUAUUCUUUCCCCUCAUAACUGCUGUUAUGUUUUUUAUGCUUCCAUCUAGACUUUGUUUUAAUAUUUUUACAUACAUAUAUGAAUUCACUGAAAAUAUUGUGUCUAAUGCAAAUGCUAUAUUGAAUUGUUCUCCAUUUCUUUGCUUAACAAUGUUUUUGAAAUCUGCGCAUGUUGCUAAGUGUAGCUCAAUUCAUCCUCUAUAAUUGCUGUAUAGAUUGCCAUCAUAUGACUCUACCACAUUUUAUUUACCCAUUUCUCUUAUGAUGGACAUUAAGACUGUUCAAAUUUUGCUAUUACAAAAUACUACAUAGGAGCAUCCCUGUAUCUGUGUGAAUGUGUGUCUGUGUGUCUGAAAGUUUACCUGGGUUGAUUCCUAGAAGUGGAAUUGCAGAGUCAUAGGAUAUUUAUAUAUUUGUGUCUGAUAGAUAUUUCCAAAUUGCCCUCCUGUACUAUUUACUAAGUAUUUUUCCUGAGGUGAUCUGAGGUCUAACAUUGUUAUCUACAUCAGUUUCAUUCUAAGUAGUGAUAUCCAUGAAGUCACUGGUUUGAUAUGCUAAUUAUGUAUUUUUCUAAUACGUAUUAAAAGGCAUGACUAUCUAAACAAAAAAAAAUUGUCUGUGUUCAACCAAAGAAGUCACAUACCACCAGUGGUACAUGUGCCAUAAUUUGGCUAAUGCUGGCACAGUUCGGGGGCCAGACCUGGUUCAAAUCCUAGCCGUAGAAACCUGGGCAAGUUAGAUCCUCACUGAGCCUCAGUUUCCUCAUUUUAUAAAAGGAGAUAAAUAGAAUGGGGCUGGGGUAGUUUAGAGGUAGAGCUCUUGCUUAGCAUGUACAAGGCCCAGGGUUUGAUCCGCAGCCCUGACGAAAAAAUAAAAGGAGAUAAAUAAACACCUACAUUGCAUAAGUGAAGGGAGAUUAUGUAAAAUAUAUUUGAAGCAAUUUAGCUGGCAUAUCUAGAUCACCACAGCUUUUUAAAGGUAGUGAUUACUAUUCUCCCUGCUUUGCAGAUGAGAAGACUGAGACCCUAAAAGGGUUUGUGCUUCCGUCACUUACCAGAUAACAGUGUGAGCUUGAACCCAGGUCUUCCAAUUCAUUCUAGUGCUUUUUCCACUAUAAAGGUAGUUAUCAAUCUUGGCUGAACUUAUUUGUGAAGCUUUCCCUUUUCCCUUUUUAAAUCAAAGCAAUAUAUACACAGGUGAUAAUAGUACAGAAGGGCUUUAAUGAAAAGCGGCAGCUCCCUGCUGCACCCCCACAUCCAAAGGAUUGUGGAGCUCUUUAAAAAUAAAUUGCUUUGGUCCCGCCUCUGGAAAUCUGAUUCAGUAGGUGUGGAAAAUAACCUGGGUAACUAGCCCCUACCUCACAGGAUAGAAAGGGCUAAGGCCCUGUCACACAUGUGCUACAAAGGAGCUUCAAAGACUUAUGUCCAAAGGGGGUGGGUGAGGUUCCAGUGGUUUAGUGACAGAUCCUAGAGUUCCAUUUGGAUCUUAGUGCUUGCCUGCUGCUCUUCCCUCUUGUCCCCCAGCGCCUCCUGUCACUGCAAGGCAGUACAAGUCAGUGAAGACUGUGCUCAGAGGAGGGUGGACACCAUGGUGUUUAUCUAAGAGCAAGCUGGUUCCAAGUAGAAUCCCUAGGGCUUGUUGGAGGAACCAAGUUGACUCCCUUAUACCCUGGAUACACUUGCCUUGGUUUAAGGAGUUAUGAGUACUCCACAAUAGUAUCUUCCUUUAAUUGUGUGCUUCACCCUGGGAAUCAGUAUGGUGCACCAGAAACAAAAAGAUGAGUCAAAUCAUUUUUCUGCCUUUGAGGAGUUGACUAUCUAGUUGGGGGACGGGGGAAUUCAUAAGAUGGCCAUUAACCAUUGGUGAUCAGUUCUCUUAAUAGAAGUACAGGAGGGGCAUCUAGCUUAGGUAGAUUCAAUGAAGGCAUCCUCUAGUUAGGUGGUGACACCUGAAUGAGACUUGAGGGACUGACUGGUAGGAAUUAAAAGGAAGUAAAAGGGAAUCCCAGGUAGUGGAAACAGUAUGUAUGCACAAAGUCCUGAAGGCAAGAAACAGCAAAGCAAUUCAGGAAUACUGAAGAAUAAAAAUCCCUGGGGUAAGGAAAGCUGGAGUUUGGUGGGUCAGUGUGAUUUCCAAACUGUACACAGGAAACCCAUGGGCCAUUCUGGGUCCCAACCUCUAAACAGUUUCACCAAAUUUAAUUUUCUUAAAUGCUUUUAAAGGUCUUAUGACUAGUAUGCUGCAGACUGGGGCCCGUAGUUUGAAGGUAGUAGGGAAACCAUGAAACUAUUUUUAAGCAGAGGGCACUCUAGAUAUGAAUUACCUUGUUUCUGGCUAGCCAGCUGGGGUGAAAAUGGAUUAGAUAUUCAUGCUGGAUGCACCUGUGCAUGUAAGUUUCCCUGUUAUUCAACUUCUUGCACUCUAUUAUAUAUUCCCUUAUUUUGCUCUAAAUAACCUGUAUGCACCACAAGGAUGAGUCUGGGGAUAUUUGCUUGCCAGUACAUCCCUUGCAGAAAGCAACAGUGCCUGACAAAAUAGGCACCUAAUAAAAUAUUUGAAUGAAUGAAUGAAUGCAUUUGUGAGAAAAGAAUGAAGACAGGGUGAUUAGUUAGGAGAGACCAAGAAGCCUGCUGUAGAGCAAGGGCAAUAGGAAUGGAGUGGAAGUGAUAAGGUGUGAGCUGUUCAGAUGGUGAACUGGACUUGAUGACUGAUUAUUGGAUGUGGAGGGUGACUGAGAGGAUAGAAUGAGUACCCACGAAUAGCCAAGAUUCCUGCCCUAUCCCAGUUGUCUCCUCAUCCAUCUCUGAAUCAGAAUCUCCUUCCAGCCUCCUCAGCACCUGGAGCAUCUUCCUCAAGUCAGUUCAACAUUCUGUGUGCUUUGUGGUCUCUCACUUCUCCCACCCCAGCCAUUGAUUCAUUCAUUCAGUUCAAUAAAUCUUGGCUAAGCACCUCCUAUGUACAGUGAGGCUCUUUCAAGCCAUGACUCUGACUCCCUCUUUCCUACCUCAAGAGAUGUUUUUGAGGGCUUUCCCAGGUAAGACUCAUUCCUUAUCCAAUAACAUAUAGUGAGAUGCCCAAAUAUUGACCUGCAAGGGAACUGAGAGGCUGCCCAACCCCUUCCUGAGGCCCUCAGAGGGGAAUUAGCUUCCUAAGGUUCCACUGCUAGAAAGAGUUGGAGCCAGAACUGGAACCCAAGUUCCCUUUGCACAUCACCUCUAGAGCCUCGGUCUUGGUCUGUCCCAUUGCAGAUCAGGACAGGCAGAGGUGGUCAGGGAGAAUGUGGGACUUAGGUUGAGCCAUGAAGGUCAAUGUACUGUAUAGGCUAAACAAGAUGCUUGCCAAUUACACUGCCCCCUUUUGGAAACCCUCAGCAAACCUGCCAUGCCCUCAGUCCUUUAUAAGAGGUUUCUUUAGCAUAAGUUGCCAUGCUCUGUACCAUGUGACCUCACAGACCUGGCCAUAGAUGGCUAGAUUUGGAUAGUACCUGACUAAAGACGGCCAAUCUCUAGGCUAGCCAGAAGCCUAUUAGGUGGACUUGGUGUAAGGAUUCCGCCUCAUAGAGGUGGUGUGUUUCUAAUGGCAAAUGCAUGAAACAAUCAGAUCUUCAAGGGAGCCUAAAUAUGAGGUGUUCAGAAGAAGUGGACAAUUAGAAUUUAAUGAGGCAGAAGUGGUGGUGGAUGAGGGGUAGCCAGAAACUAAAUAGCAAAAGCAAAGAGAAAGCUUUGAAAGUCAUAAGUCAUGAGAUAUUUACAUUAUGAGAUCAUGGAGCCACAAGUUAACUAAAGCCAUGAAGCAGCAAGGCAACAAUGGGCCAAAAGGAUGUAGAAGCCAUGAAACAAUAGGAGCCUUGAGGAACAGAAUACAUGAGCCAAAACUGAUCAUGUGAGAUCCAUGAAGCAGCAGAAGGCUUGAAGAGACAAGAUGCAUGAGGCAUCAGAAGCAAUGAGACUGCAAGAGCAACGAAGUAGCUGGAACCACGUGGCAGCAAGGCAACAGGAAUGGAAGAGGCAGCAGGAGUUAGAAUGCAGGCAGAAGCUACAGCAGAGAAGCCAUGGAUUAAUAGGAACUGAAGCCCCAAGAGCCUCAAAGCUGCAGGAGCUGGGAGGCAGCAGAAGCCAUGGGCUAGCAAUGAGGGAAAGAAGUUAGUCAGUAGCAGUAGGAGGAGUAUAAAUACAGCCAUAAAGUAGUUGAGUCACCAUUUUGGGAAGCACUAGAGAAGGUAGCAACAGAUGCCUGCAGCUGAGGGGGUGACAAGAUAAGCCAGGCUCUAGAGCUGCUUUGGAUCAUGAACCAUUUUCAAGUUUCUGUUCUUCAGCAAGGCUGCCUGUGUAACUGUUCUUGUCUUCCUUAUUUCCUUGUGAAUGCUUUAAUAAAUCCCAAUCACUAA